GCUGGGGUGCAAGCGUCAGCAUUGCGGUCAGUUAAAGCGGGCGAGCGCCGCAGCCAGCUAUAUAAUAACCCGCAGCCCGCUGCUUGUCGAGUCUCGUCAAUAGAGCUCUCGAGCUAGCUUAUAGCAAAGAGUGUGUGACUACGACGGCGAUGCUGCUACUGUCAUCGUUCUUCCCCCUCUCCCUUAUCCUCGCCGCGUCCGCCGCGGCGCCGCCGGGGCCGUCGCUCCGGGCCCGCAGAAGCGGCGGAUGCGGCAAGGCGCCACCGUUCGCGCCGGGGCAGUUCAACGAUUACACCACGGCGUCGGGCCGUGAGUACCGGGUGUGGCUUCCGGCGGGCUACGACGAGAGCGAGCCGACGCCGCUCAUCCUCAGCUACCACGGCGCCAACCGCGUCAUCUCGCACCAGGUCGCUCUCGACCGGCUCUCCGACCCAUUGUUUAACGACGAUCACAUCGUUGUCUACCUGCAAGGCACUGCGGAUGACCCCUCGCGGCCAGACCACACGACCUGGGAGGGCGCUCCGGACAGCACGUCGGACGACGUGGGGUUCACGCGGGAGGCGCUAGACGCGGUGUCGGCGGCGCUAUGCGUGGACGAGCGGCGGGUGUUCGCGACGGGCAAGUCGCAGGGAGGCGGGUUCGUGGGGCGACUGGCGUGCGACGCGGCGCUGUCGGCGCGGGUAGCAGCGUUCGCGCCGGUCGCCGGGGCGUACUACAUCCGCGAGAUCGACACCGAGGCGGCGUGCCUCCCGGCGUCGGUCACGGUGCCGUGCGCGGCAGCGCGCACCGACGUGCCUGUCCUCGCGUUCCACGGCGGCGCCGACACCACGAUCCGCUACGCCGGUGGCUUCCGGAGCGGCGCGUGCCUACCGAGCGUGCGCUCGUGGGCCCGCCAGUGGGCGCGGCGUGACGGGCUCACCGGUGCCCCGCACAACACAUCCAUCCCCGGGUCCGUCCACGGCGUCGCCAUGCGGUACGGUGAGGGCGCGGACCUGGGUUUGGUCACGCUCGUGUACGCCGGCGACGACAUCGGACACGACUGGCCGGCGACGGUGGAGAAUUCGGAUAACGGCGGAGAGAGGAUUGCGGCGUUCAAUGCCAGUGCAUGGAUCAUGGAUUUCUUCCGGGGCCACGCGCUACCGUGAGGUAGGGUUGGCCGGUCCUGGUUCUGUCCUCUCCUCUGCCUCCCCUCCCUGGGUACCUCCCCUCCCUGGGUAUGGGAUAGAUGAGAAUGUGAUAUGUAACAUGCUUUUGGAGGAGGCACGUUAGCCUACUGUACAUACCCUACAGCUUAAACCACUGCAUAUUACCUACCUGCGGCCUGCCUCCGGCCUGCCUCUUGUUUGUCUUUCCGGUGGCCUAUUUUGUCAGUUUCGCCUCGUGGGGGGGCGGUUGCGCGCACCCGUCCCGGCG